AGUUACACUUCUACUGAGAUCUGUGCCUUCAGAGGAUCAACAGUGGACAUUAACUGUACCUACACAUACCCAUCCACAGUUAAUAACCUUAAUACUACAGUUCAGGAAACUUUCUGGUUCAUUAAAGAGAGUAAUGGGAUUCAUGUUGAUCUAAGGACUGAUCCGGAGUAUUCAGGUCGUGUGGAGAAUCUCUGUGGAAACAACACGUGCACUCUGAGAAUCUCUAACCUGAGAGAGAGCGACUCAGCUGUGUACAAGUUCAGGUUCACAACAAACCAACCUACUGGGAGUUUAACUGGUUCGGCUGGAGUCACUCUGUCUGUCACUGAUUUGCAUGUGCAGGUGAGCACAUCAGUGAAGGGUGACUCUUAUAACUAUGCAAAGCUCAGGUGUCAGAGCAGUUGUCGUCUUCCUGAUCAUCUGAACUACGUCUGGUACAUGAAACAACAGAAGAUGAAGAAAGGAGCAUCUUAUACAGGUUAUUUUCAUCGUUCAGCCAGAGUUUCCUGUGCUGUUAAAGGACUCGAGGAUUUCCGCUCUACGUCAAUGUUGGUAAGGAGUCUGAUUGACUGGAGUGUGAGUUACACUUCUACUGAGAUCUGUGCCUUCAGAGGAUCAACAGUGGACAUUAACUGUAUCUAUACAUAUCCAUCCUGGUGGAAUGGCCUUCAUACUACAGUUAACAAAACUUUCUGGUUCAUUAAAGUGAGUAAUGGGAUUCACGUUGAUCUAAGGACUGAUCCGGAGUAUUCAGGUCGUGUGGAGAAUCUCUGUGGAAACAACAAGUGCACUCUGAGAAUCUCUAACCUGAGAGAGAGCGACUCAGCUGUGUACAAGUUCAUGUUCACAACAAACCAACCUACUGGGAAUUUAACUGGUUCAGCUGGAGUCACUCUGAAUGUCACAGACCCUCAGCUCCAGGUACAUGUGAGGAGAUCAACAGCCAAUCCAUCUUCUACCUGGACAGAGCUGACCUGUCACAGCAGGUGUCAGCUCCCUGAUCAUCUUUCCUACGUUUGGUACAAUAAGAAUAAACCUGUUGGACGAAAAAAAUACUUUCACCUCCAACACUUUAAUCCUGAAGACAGCUAUCACUGUGCUAUAGAAGGACAGGAGCGUUUCCCUUCUCCUACAUUGUACUAUCCUUCAGAUGCUCCAAAGCCUCCCUCUGUGUCAGUGAGUCCCUCUGGUGAGAUCAUGGAGGGCAGCUCAGUGACUCUGACCUGCAGCAGUGAUGCUAACCCAGCAGCUAAAUACACCUGGUACAAGAGAAGUGGACACAAACAAGAUCAACGUCUCAGUGAAGAGACACAAUUUGUCCUCAGCUCCAUACGGUCGUCAGACUCUGGAGAGUUUUACUGCACAGCUGAGAAUGAGCUGGGAAGGAGUUCAGCAAACAUCUUUAUUACUGUGACAUACGCUCCAAAGCCUCCCUCUGUGUCAGUGAGUCCCUCUGGUGAGAUCAUGGAGGGCAGCUCGGUGACUCUGACCUGCAGCAGUGAUGCUAACCCAGCAGCUAACUACACCUGGUACAAGGAGGACCGAGCUCUGCUUCAUGGACCAGAGGGCAUUUAUCGUCUCUCCUCCAUCAGCUCUGGGGACAGCGGGGUCUACUCCUGCAAGUCUGAGAAUCAGUACGGACGGAUCACCUCCACGUCUCUACACUUAGACGUCCAAUGGCACUCUGUCAUCUUGUCCUUCUGCUUCCUCAACGACACUUCCCCUUUCAGAUGCAAGCUCAUCGAGAACAGGUUCCUCCAGGCAAGCUCCAAUCUGCUCCGGGUGGCUUUGGGUCUCACAGACGACUCUUUGGUGCGACAGAGGUUGGUUGCUCUACAGAGCUUGGAGUACACGGCGCAGCACCUCAACAUGCUCUUCAAAAGACCUCGAGAAGCAGAUGACAUCAUCAAGAUACGGGAUGCAACACUCAUCCCUAAGCGUGUCAAGCAUUUCCUCCAUGCUUCUUUGGAAGGCUGCUGGUGCAAUUGA